GUCCAAAGCCCCAAUCCUGUCAAUUCAUAGAAAUUCAAGUUUUUAUUUUGCAAAUUUGAUAUUCAAACAAAUCAAACCACAAACUCCCAAAUUCCCCGCCACCAUGCCCGUCGACUCUCCCCUCAUCCCCACCAACACCACCUCCGCCGCCACCUCCGCCCUUACCACCACCACCACCACUACCACCGUCACUCCUAUUUCCUUCACUCUAACUGCAGCUGCUACCGCCCCCACUACCGCCGCCGCUGCCACUGCCGCCAUUGCUCGUCCGCUUGCGAAUCAAGCACCAUCCAGACCCAUUUCUUCAAUUCCUCAAACCCACCAUCUCCAUUACCCUUCUCAAGCCCUCUACCAGCCUCAGUCCAUCCCCGUUCGAACUCCCAACACCCAAUUGCCCAAGCUUCAUCAGGAUGCAUCUCAGGCAAUUCUUUACCCUGUCGCCUCCUCUGGCCGCGGCUUCGUUCCUCGCCCCAUUCGUCCUCUUCCCGUCGAUCAGGCCGUCACCCUAGCUAACCCUGGCGGCUACCCACAUCGCCCCCUUGUCACUUUCCCCCAUCGCCCGAUUGGGUCGCCUCAUUUGGACUCCAUGAGCCAUCCAAUGCAUAUGACUCGACCUCCCAAUUUGCAGCAGCAGCUUAUUCCCUUUUCUGGGUCUUCCAUUUCGGGCUCGAUUAAAGGUGCCCCCAAUUCCUCUGAUCCAAAGGCUUUUCCUCCAUCAACAAUCUGCGAGUCCAAUGGGUGUAAAGAAAUGAGAGUUAGAGACGACACUCUUUGUGUGGUUAGAGAUCGAAAAGUUCGGAUAACUGAUGGGGCUUCUCUUUAUGCGCUUUGUCGAUCAUGGUUGAGGAAUGGUUCUCAAGAAGAAAGCCAGCCACAAUAUGGAAGCUUUUUGAGGUCACUUCCGAGACCACUGCCCAUCGCCGUGGCUGGUGCUGCUCCAUCACAGAAAAAGGAAGUUGUCAAAGAAGAAGUUGAUGAGGAAGAUAAGGAUGAGGGAUCCAUUGAGCACUUGUCAACGCAAGAGUUAUUAAAAAGACAUGUUAGACGCGCAAAGAAAGUCCGAUCACGAUUGAGAGAAGAACGGUUGCAACGCAUUGAGAGAUACAAAACGAGGCUCGCUCUUCUCCUCCCUCCUCCAAUUGAGCAGUUGAGGACAGAUAACGUUACUGGAAGCUGAAUACGCAUACCGAAAUCCUCGCCCUUAAAAUUCACUGUGGACUUCUGUCCAAACCAUUCUUCCCCAACUACAGAUGAGCUCGAGAAACAUUCAACGGAAGCGCCGAGGAUUAUAUGUAGAUGCACCAGAUAGAUAUAUAUUUGAUUAGAUAUUGGUAAUUCUUGUCUUCCUAUCAGUUCCUUUUUGACAGUUUGUAAUUGUAUAAUAUGCUAUGAAUCAGGUUAAGAAAAAAAAAAAAAAAUGAAGCCAUUUACUGAGGUUAGAAAUGGAAAACAUUGAGAAGUAAAUCACAUAUUUUUCCUUUCUUUU